AUGUCUUUCACUGGCACCCAGGACAAGUGCAAAGCAUGUGACAAGACUGUCCAUUUCAUUGAUCUCUUGACUGCAGAUGGAGUCCCUUAUCAUAAGACUUGCUUCAAGUGCAGCCACUGCAAAGGAACUCUGCUCAACCAGCAAGAAACCAUGCAGUUCCAUACAACCUGCUCCAAUUUUAGCCAAUUAGACAUGAUCAUGUGCAACUACUCUUCCAUGGAUGGCAUCCUCUACUGCAAGCCUCACUUUGAGCAGCUGUUCAAGGAGUCAGGCAGCUUCACCAAAAAGUUCCCAACAGGUGAUUUGAUGCCUUUCCUACCUGCUUCUCUGAGGUCCUCGUCAUCGCAUACCAUUUCUCCAUCUAAAAGCCCAAGCAAGAUCUCCUACAUGUUCACCGGAACCCAAGACAAGUGUGUCAGCUGCAAGAAAACAGCAUACCCUUUGGAGAAGCUGACCGUGGAAGGUAAGUCGUACCACAAGACCUGCUUCAAGUGCUCUCAUGGGGGUUGCACACUCACGCCGUCCUCCUACGCUGCCCUCGAAGGCAUCAUCUACUGCAAGCACCAUUUCACGCAGCUGUUCAAGGAGAUGGGAAGCUACAAUCACCUGGUCUGUGUUGCCUCACUGGUAUGA